AUGAGCGCAUCUUUGAAUUAUAAGUCUUUUUCCAAAGAGCAGCAGACUAUGGACAACUUGGAAAAGCAACUCAUCUGUCCCAUCUGCUUGGAGAUGUUCACGAAGCCUGUGGUCAUUCUUCCCUGUCAGCAUAACCUGUGUAGGAAAUGCGCCAGUGAUAUCUUCCAGGCCUCUAACCCGUACUUGCCCACAAGAGGAGGCACCACGGUGGCAUCAGGAGGCCGAUUCCGCUGCCCAUCCUGUAGGCACGAAGUGGUUUUGGACAGACAUGGGAUAUAUGGACUUCAGAGGAACCUGCUGGUGGAAAAUAUCAUUGACAUCUAUAAGCAGGAGUCCACCAGACCAGAAAAGAAGUCCGACCAGCCCAGGUGUGAGGAGCAUGAAGAGGAGCGCAUCAACAUCUACUGUCUAAACUGCGAGGUGCCCACCUGCUCUCUGUGCAAGAUCUUUGGGGCACACAAGGACUGCCAGGUGGCUCCCCUCACUCACGUGUUCCAGAGGCAGAAGUCUGAGCUCAGUGAUGGCAUUGCUGUCCUUGUGGGAAGCAAUGAUCGAGUCCAGGGAGUGAUCAGCCAGUUGGAGGACACCUGUAAAACUAUUGAGGAAUGCUGCAAAAAACAGAAACAGGAACUUUGUGAGAAGUUUGAUUACCUGUAUGGCAUCCUGGAGGAGAGGAAGAAUGAGAUGACCCAAGUCAUUACCCGAACUCAAGGGGAAAAACUGGAACAUGUCCGUGCUCUGAUCAAAAAGUAUUCUGAUCAUUUGGAGAAUGUAUCAAAGUUGGUCGAGUCAGGAAUCCAGUUCAUGGAUGAGCCAGAAAUGGCAGUGUUUCUGCAGAAUGCCAAAACCCUGUUACAAAAAAUUUCUGAAGCAUCGAAAGCAUUUCAGAUGGAGAAAAUAGAGCAUGGUUAUGAGAACAUGAACCACUUCACAGUCAAUCUCAAUAGAGAAGAGAAAAUAAUACGCGAAAUUGAUUUUUACAGAGAAGAUGAAGAGGAAGAAGAAGAAGGAGAAGGAGAGGGAGAAGGAGAAGAGGAAGGAGGAGGAGACAGAGAGGGAGAAGGACAAGGAGAAGAAGAAGAAGAAGAAGUAAAAUUCGAAGAGGUAGAACAUGUUCGAACAGAGCCAUCAGAAGAAGAUGAAAGUCCGGAGAAAGCCUUGGAGCCCUCUCAGCUGGCCUCAGAGGUCCAAGCUGCCCCAGAAACACUUCCUGUUUCCUCUCCAGAGCCACCUGCAGCCCUGCCACCUGCUGCAGAUGCCCCAGUGAUACAGGGGGAGGUUGUAUCCACUGGCUCUCUGCAGACUACAGAGUCUGAAACUCCAGUCCCUACAGCAACGGACACUGUGGAUCCCUUGCUUUACCCUAGUUGGUAUAAAGGCCAAACACGGAAAGCUACCACCAACCCACCUUCCACCCCAGUGAGCGAAGGUCUGGGGCACAUAGGGCCUCCUGGUUCUGAGGAUUCGAGUGUGCAGAAGGCAGAAGUGGCAGAAGCCGCAGCCAGUGAGAGGGCAGCAGUGAGUGGUAAGGAAACUAGUUCAUCCGCAGCUACUUCUCAGAUUGGAUUUGAGGAUCCUCCCCUCCAGGGACAGGCUGCAGCUUCAGGGAGUGGGAGUGGAGCUGAUUCUGAGCCAGCUCGCCAUAUCUUCUCAUUUUCCUGGUUGAACUCCCUGAACGAAUGAUGUUCAUUCCAACUGCUGCCCCUCUGUCUGCCUGGCUGAAAUGCACACAAGUAGCAGGGAACCUAGAUGAAAUUAAUAUGAUGUAAAUGAUGAAAGGGACCUCAGAACAAGAUUUCUGCAACAAAAGAAAAAUCUUUAAUUCCAGAUGAUUUAUCUAACACAUUAAAGGAAAACAGCUGCAGAAAGCAUUGGGAAAAAGAAACUUGAUCUUAUGCAAAUCUCUUAUUGUGUGGGAAACAGUAUGAAGGAUGUGUCAGUGUGGUAUGUGUGAGCAUGUGUCAGUAACAAGUGGCAAGCGUUGAAAAAAGUGGGCACUACACUCUUGUCUCUAAUCGGCACUGGCUUUUGUUAUUAUAUAAUAGCUCUUUUUCUCUUUCCUUGUUAACAAUGCAUAUGGUCAGUGAAAUUCACUAUUAAUUUAGAAGUGACUGAUUUAUCAAUAUAUGGACAAAAGGUAAAUCAUUGACCAAAGGUAUGAUAUGUUUCACAAAGGUUUCCUCUUUUCCAUAAUAUAUGUUGCUGGACGUAUAUCUAGAAAUGUUCUUUGACUCUGACACUUUCGUAGUCCAGAAGGCUGAAGGCCUAGGACAUUUCUUGUGACAUUUUUCUAAUCUAGUUUUAGAUAUGCAGAUAACAAGCACUUUAAUUGGGGAAAAAAACCUUUCCACAGGAACCAUCUACUUUCUCAUGUAUCCAAUGAGACACAACUUCAUGUAUUUAAAUAUAUAUGUAUGUAUAUA